ACGUGGUUUUCUGGAAUAGCCAUUCACGUGGGAUAAAUAGAAUGCGAGGUUGAAGAUGAAGUCCGCUGUGUCAUCAAUUGUCCAUUCUUACUCCACACCAUAAAGGAACACAUCUUCCUCCAUAUCAACUGCAAUUAGGAGGAUGUCUGUUUUGAUUGCCUACGCUUCAGCAAAAGGCUCGACUGGCGAGAUUGCCGAGCGCAUUGCCGAAAAACUGCGGGAAUCUUGUCCCGCUUCGACUGUGAAAUGUUCGCCAAUCAGUGCGAUCGAUGUCACAUCGUUGCCGUCCUACACCGCGGUCAUAGUGGGCAGCGCGAUCCACGCAGGCUCAUGGCUAAGUCCUGCCCGCCGCUUCAUCCACAAUAACGCCAUUGUUUUGAAAGAGAAACCGAUGUGGGCUUUCAGCGUUGGCAUGCCGCCAAAAGAAGAAGACCGACGGAAGGAAGAGCAAAUGAUCGAAGAAAAGAUUCGAAAGACUUUGCCAAACUUACGUCGUCACGAAUUGUUCGAAGGUCGCUUCAACAAGCAGGACCUGCCAUGGUUUGGACGCAUUAUCAUUUCAUGCUGCAUACCCAAAGAUAAAGCCAAAUUUGGGGAUGCAAGGGAUUGGGUCGAAAUCAAUGCGUGGGCGGAAGUCAUUGGGAAGGAAAUUACUGCACUUUCUGCUGGAGGGACCCAAUAAAAGAUUAUGUGGCGCCGUCUGAAAAAGUCGACAUGACUCGGCAAGGAACGAAUAAUUGAUUCUCUGGCUAGUUUGAAAUUAUAUCAAAUUCAUUAUUUGAGAAUUUGACGGAGAACAAACUGUCAGCUUUGCUUCGUGCCAAACAUGAUAUGUCGAAGAAAGUUAUCUUUAAUAUGGUACCGCACAGUCCAACCUCGUGUGUCUCUCAGG